GCACCUUGCUAUUGAAGUACUCUCGAGAAAAAUAAUGCAGCGACUACGAUGGUACAAUGUAUCAGGGUUCGAAAAGUGCAUCAGGGCUUAACUGAGUCAAAGAUACCAGUUCGAUGUGUCUGUGCCUGCCGGAACUGGGGCCAAUGAGUUGAACGCCAUUCGGACAUGUAAUCCACUCUUUCAUCUCAAGCUCUCGGGGAAAGAGGAAUGGCCGAUGUCCCUUCAUGUGAUGCUUUUGUUGGGGUCAGGACUCGGGUUUGGUCCCGUGGUCGUUUUGUGUGAGCCAAGGCUCACACAAAACGACCACGCAGGGCAUGGAGAAAAAGCCAUGGCUGUACAGCGCAAGGUCAAUGGCAAAAGGCCACGGGCGAGCCACAAAAUUUUGUCGUUAGUCCAGGGCCUGGACUCCACUUUCCCCCACUUUUGCGGCCUGGACUCCAGGCCGCAAUCUUCCAAGCAAACACACGGCGACAGGUUUUUCUUUGGACUUUCAAGGAAUCUGCGGAUGUUUCCGGUGCAUCAAAUCGUCGAGCAGUUCUUGCCCUUCUUGUUAGCGGGCCACCUCGUGCGCAAGCGUAGAUCUUCGUUCACGACCCGGUCAAGAGGUAACCACCUUUGCGCUUAGAUGCGCUGGUCAAAUCCUCUUCACUCCGCGCUCACACAACUGCGGAGGAUUUCCCAGCAGCAUUUCAACAGCUUUGGGAUUUAGUCUUUCUCGGUCUCCGUGGGUGAGAAGUGGCACUCCAUCGACUAAUUGCGUUCCGGGUCAAAGUGUGCAAGCUAGGCUUGUGCGCUCGUUGUGCAAACCGUAGGCCCUCCUGCUCUGCCAUGGAGAUUCGAUUCAUUGCAAAAGC